GUCAGUCAUACUGUCAUGUUAAGUCAACUAUAGUCAGAAUCAGGGUGGUGUGGUAAUUUAUUUUCAAAAAGAGAAAUUUGCCUAAAGAUUGUGUAUUUUUGAUUAUUAAGACUUACUAUAAUAACCAUAUAAUGCUUAUGGAAUUAACGGAUGAGCUCGAGCAAAGCGACAGCGGAAUGGAAUCUUUGACCGCAAGCAAAGAUGAUACUCCGGAACGUAGGCCUGAAGAUAGUUUCAUAAUCCCUUCGGUAGGAUCAUCACCCAGCGCGGGCACACCACUUGGCGGUCCACUCAAAGAAUACGAUGAUGAGCCAGAUGAAACUCUAUCAGAGAGACUAUGGGGAUUGACUGAAAUGUUCCCUGAAGGUUUACGGAAUGGAGCACACACUGUCACUACUAAGACUUGGUCUGGAUUUAAAGGCUUGUAUGGUCUGUCCCGUUCUGUGCUCUGGGUGGUAGCAAGUUCAUCGGUGAUUCUGUUUGCUCCUGUCAUAUUCGAAGUUGAACGUGCUCAAAUGGAAGAAAUGCAGAAAACUCAACAGAAACAGGUUCUGUUGGGAACAAAUGCAGCAUUGUCUGGACCAAUGCCGAACCUGCCUCCGAUCCCACGAUAAAUUACAACAUAAUAAUAACUCUACCAUUAUAAUCACCGUUAUGGCAUUGCAUAAGUAAUGUUAAUUGUCAACUAAAUGCUUUAAUGUUAGGUAGUUAGAAUAAAUGGAUAGGUACUGGAUGUAAUGGAUUUAUUAUUGUGGAAAUUAUCAUUUAACAAAUUCUAUGUAUAAAACUAUGCACAUGUCAGAAAAUGUAUUUAUGUUUUUGCAUUUAUCCUUAUGAUUUGAGUUGAGGCUAAAUUACUGACCCUUGUAAACACUAAAUCAAAAUAUAUCAAUCUGAGAGAUGUGUACUACCUUUUGUUUUGUAUAGAUAUUAUCAGUCAGUAGCGUGUAAAAAUAAAGAUACCGUGUAAGCGGA